GAGAAAAAACCAGGUGCGCCACAGACUUGUGUACGUAUCUCAGCCAGCCAGCCAAGAGCGAGUGUAGUAUGGAUGCUCAUCACGAGAGAUCAGAAACCCGUCGGAAACCCGUCGGAUCGAACGCAUGGGUCAACUUGAUCUCGGCGAUGCUACUCCGAGGGAUACUUGAUUGACUGGGAUUCGUGGCCCGACGGCGGGAAGCAAAUUUGCGAGGUUGGGAACUGGAUUGGCAGACAGGCAGGUCAUGGCCAGAGGCGGGGGGAUAUCAAUCCAGUGGGUUUACAUAUGCAUAUGGGAAUGGCUGAGCGAGCGUGUGGCUUGACUAUGUGGUCGAACGCAGGCCUGUCUCAUGUCUGUUUGUACGUGAAUACUGAAGCUCGUCCAUAUGUAUGUAGUAGGUCCAUAUGAAUACGUAGGUGGGAACGGGGAAGGUAGGGAGGGCUAGGACGGACGGCGUACGAGUAGAGACUGCACCACCAACUCCACUCAUCUACCCACCCAUUUUCCAUUGGACUAAGUCGACGAGAUCAGCCCAUUGAGCGAAGAACAGAAAAGCUCAUGCACUGGGUCUCGUCUGACCUCUUUUGGGAACUUGCUGCUGGGAGCUGCUCCAGCCGUCCAUCGGUCCGCCCACCCGUGCCCUCCUGCCUACCCCUGAAUGAUCCCUCGGGAGCAGGCUGCCCAGCAGGCCAUGGCCCCCAAACCCGAUCACGAUGAGCUGAGUCAAGCUCCAGCUGAUGCUGACGAUCAGAAUAAUAACCAAAGUGCGGACAAACGGGUACGGGUUUCGGAGUCCGAGUCGCUCUUCCCGCCCGAGCUGGAAGAUGACGACGAUCCGGAAGUGGCGGAGCUCUCGAAAUUGAGAUGCACGUCCUUGCAAACGGAGGAGAUCGCCAGCCGGGAAAAGGCCAAACAAGAUCGAGCUCAACGCCGACAGAACCGAUGCUCGGAUUAUCCGGGUUUGGCCUUUGGCUCGGCCAUGUUCGGCUCCGAUACCGUCAUGAAAUUCAACAUCAUCAAGAACGAACUCCACAACAUCAUGAAUUCUCAGCUGAAGCGCGUCGACGGCGAAGUGUCCGCCUUCUCGCAUCGGAUUAAGGAGUUCGACCAGAAUCUCGAGAAAUCCGAGUACUACAUCAAAACGGCCACUCAGGCGCUGGCCGAGGCCGUCCAAUUCGAGAUGGAUCACCGACAAGAUGAGAACGAGGGUGAAGAAGAGGAGAACGCCCUCAGCCACUUUGAUGCCCAAUUAAAGGUGCUGGAGGGCCAACUGGUUCAGGCCCAAUUGAUGGUUGCUCAGGCCGAUGAAGGCUUCAUUAGCCAAUGCGCUUCAAGUGCCUCGAAAUCCAGCAGGCCUGCUACCCUGCCGACUGAGAGGGUUGCGGUGACCUCGCCCCGAGAUGCGAACCGAUUUAAGCCCCCACUCAAGUUAACCAGUCGGCCUCCAUUGAGGCAACCCAACCUCCCCCCUCCGAUAUUGGCCUCCAGCCAUCCACAGAAACAGAAAGACAAAACGCCCGAUCCUCCCUGUCCCGGGACUAUUUUUUAACGCAACUUUCGUACGUAUCAAAAAAAAAAGACGAGUCUUUCGAAAAGAAGGUUUUCAAGGAUUAAAUUAAGGCAUGCUAUUAGUCAACGAAGGCACUUCAACGUAUGUGCCACUUCCGAGUUCUGGCCAAACUGGCACUGAUCCGAAUCAAUUAUUUCUGAACGAAUGGAAAUACCAUACCAUCAAUAUUAUAAGCAAAGUAAUUGUGCCGUACUUUACUCUAAAAUGAUCCAAUCGAUAUACAUGCAGGCAAUAAUAUUAAACUCAGUGUGAAGAAAAA